GUCAAGCCGCUUUUGUUCGCGUGCCUGCUCAACAAGGAUCUUCGCACGUAUCCGCUGAUCCGGCGAAUUGGAGCGAUCAGCCUUUGCAAGUUCAUGACCGUGUCAAAGCGCUUUUGCCAGGAGAACUUGCAGCUCCUCUUCUCGGUGCUCUUCCCAAAGGCAGGCAAAGGCCAGCUUUCCGGCGCGGCGGCCGAGGAUGCUUUGACUGGGCCUGGCGGGCUUUUGGAGGACCUCACCUUGCGCCAGUCACUCCUUGUGGCCGUUGGGGAUUUGCUUUUUCGUCAUCCGAACGUGGUGGAACCAUGGACUGGCCGCCUUUACGCCACCUUGACGUCCACCGCCGAGAAGAGUGAGGAGGGCGGUCAGAGUGCUUGCGACCUGCGCUUGACUGCGCUGUUGGUGCUUACGCACCUCGUCCUCAACGACAUGAUGAAGCCCCGACCAGUGCUGCUGAUUCGAGCGCUUUGGCUCACAGCAUGCAGCCACGAAGCCACGGCGCGGGUUGCGAGGAUCCUUUUCCAGGAGCUCUCCAAGCGAAGCACCAACGUGGUCUACAACCUUCUGCCGGAGAUAGUUGCCCGGUUGCCCGAGCACGUGGCAGAGGUUGGUGUAGAAGGCGGGGCUACUGGAAGGGUGCAGUACAUCAUGCAGUUCGUUGAAAAGGAGAAGCACAUCGAAGGUCUCAUUGAGAAGUUCUCCCUUCGGCUGGAGCAAUGUGCAGGAGGCUCCGGCAGCCACACCGAGCCAACAGCAACAGCUGCAACCCAGGCAGAUCCAGAGAUGGAGGCGGAGGAAGCAGGUGAAGCUCGGGUGGAGGACACGAUCUCAUGCUUAGCACAUGCGCUCGGGGCCAUGAACUACUCUGACCGCUGCAUCCUGCGGCUGCAUGAUGUCAUUGUUGUCCGGAAGGCGCUCAACCUCAGCCUCUCUUACCAUUCCGUAGUCAGAGACUGCAUCCUUGGCGUUGUGGAGAAGGCCCGAAAGCCCCGACCGGGUAAGGAGAAGGGCGAGAGCGCGCCAGCAGAGCCGGAUGCAGCAGCAGCCGAAGGCGGUGGUGCGAAGGGCGCCAGUGCAGCUGCGGCCUCCGCUUUGGAUGCGCUGGAGAACCUCAUCAACACCUUGGCGCACGGAAAGGAUGAGUCCAAGGAAGAGGAGGCCCCGGCCGUAGCUGUCCGGAAGCCUGGCAAUGCCCCUGCCAAGAAGAAGCAGGCAGAUGCCGGUGCCGAGCCUGGCUUCGAAGAGGCCGAGAAAAAGGAGAAAAGCGGCAAAGGCCGCGGCAAAGGCCGUGGAAAGGGCCGAAGUGCAGGCAAAGAAAACACGCCCAAAAACAAUGCGCAGAAUAAUGCCCCGAGCAAGGGCCGGAAGCGCAAGGCUGACAAGGCCAGGGCGGAUGAUGACGAUGAGGAUUAUGAGUGA